UUCUUUUUUCUUUUUUUCUUUUUUUUUUUUAACUUCUUUCCCUUUCUCUAUAUCAUAGACAUAUCAUAACGAAUAUGAGUUUUUUAACGACAAAAGCUGGUCCUUCUCACUUGAAUAACUCACUUCAUCACGACCGUACAUUAGCUACUGCAAGUCAAUAUAAUACUUCUUCACAACGACAGUCAGAUUUAUUUCGCAGUGGGGAGGAUAAAGUACAUGAUCAUAAUCAAGAAUUUGAUGUAUUCACAGGGCAAUCAUCAUCAUCAUCAUCCAGUAAAGGUUUAGUUUCUUCUCGAUUAUCAAAUGAAAUUGGUCUACAUGAACAAUAUGAACAACUUUUAUUAUCAUCCAUGUCACCUAUGGAUGGAUCAGAAGUAGUAGCUUUUUUAAAUGGACCAACAGGACUCUAUGAUGAUGAAGUAUAUGGUGACGAUUUAGAUCCAGGCUCCAUGUCAUAUCAGAGUUAUCAACACAAAGUCGAUCAUCAACAUAGUCUUGCUGAGAUGGAAAGCCAACGCCAACGGAAGAUGGAAGAAUGGAUAUUGACGGAUGAUAUUAUUGCCUAUAUCGAGAAAUAUGAUAGUACGUAUGUAGAUGAUAUUUAUGGUUUACCACCCAUAAUAGAAAAAUUGAUCAAAGAAGCAAAGGAAGAAUUGAAACAAAAUAGUAAUGAUGGACAACAGACAGCAGUGAAUCGACUUCAAAUGAUUCGGAAUCAUCUUAUUGGUCAAUCUCAAGGAAAUCGUACAUUGGCAGUUCAACAAGGGUUACAAAUGAAGACUGAAGACUGGGCAUCUUUAUUUUAAUUCAUCAUAUAUAUUUUUAAACUUAAUUUAGACAUAUAUAUAUAUAUAUAUAUAUAUAUAU